AUUACCAGCAAUGCAACCAGCGAUCUAAACAUAAAGGUUGAUGGCCGUGCUAUUGUCCGCGGAAACGAAGGUGUUUUCAUCACAGGCAAGACCAUUGAGUUUCGAAUGGGAGGUAACAUGGAACUUAAAGCAGAAAACAGUAUUAUCCUGAAUGGAACUGUGAUGGUCAGCCCAUCGCGACUGCCAAGUUCGUCUUACGGGGAACAGUUUAAUAACGGCAACUGGCUGCGUUUCAAGCUGUGCAUGUGUGCGGAUGGGACUCUGUUCAAGGUUCAGGUGACAGGUUAUAACAUGGGUUGUCAGACUUCUGUCAAUCCCUGUGGAGCCACACACUAAAAUGCAAACCACUACCAGGAGAGUUCUCUUUUGUGUUUACAUAUAUUUGUACAAAGUAAUUGCAUGCCUUCAAGCAUUUCUGUUUUAACAGCAGUUUAUACUAACAUUACAUAAUAUUUUUAAGCAAAGGCUGUUGUUACAUUCAGUAGUAUUAUUUCAUCAUCCUGUUAGCUAUAACAGUGGCACUGAUUUAGUAAGCUUCCAGGCUACAUGCAUACUGAAGUACCUUACUG